UUGAGUGUGAGGAGGCAGAAAGAAUGGGCGCUGGAGCGAGUGCCGAAGACAAAAAGUCCAAGGAGUUGGAAAAGCAACUUCAAGAGGAUGCCGACAAGGACUCGAAAACGGUCAAGCUUCUGCUGCUUGGUGCUGGCGAGUCAGGCAAAAGCACCAUUGUCAAGCAAAUGAAGAUUUUACAUCAAGGUGGUUACACAAAAGAGGAACAAUUGGAAUUCAGAGCCGUCAUCUACGGCAACAUCCUGCAGUCUGUUCUGGCUAUCAUCAGAGGCAUGGAGAUGCUGGGGAUUGAUUUUGGCGCUGCUUCUGCACAGGAGAACGCACAGAAGCUGCAGAACCUGUCCGACUCCAUCGAGGAAGGCACAAUGCCUGCCGAGCUGGCUGACGUCAUUCAGAAGCUGUGGAAGGACUCGGGCGUGCAGUCCGGCUUCGAGAGAGCUGCCGAGUACCAACUCAACGAUUCGGCCGGCUACUACCUCAACGAAAUGGACAGAAUCUGCAAACCAGACUACCUCCCCACCGAGCAGGAUGUGCUGCGAUCUCGAGUCAAGACAACUGGUAUCAUUGAGGAACAGUUCUCCUGCAAAGAGCUGCACUUCAGAAUGUUUGAUGUGGGAGGCCAGAGGUCCGAGAGAAAGAAGUGGAUCCACUGUUUCGAGGGCGUGACAUGCAUCAUUUUUUGUGGCGCCCUCAGCGCUUACGACAUGGUGCUGGUAGAGGACGACGAAGUGAACCGAAUGCACGAGUCUCUCCAUCUAUUCAACAGUAUCUGCAACCAUAGGUUCUUUGCGCUGACCUCCAUCGUACUGUUUCUCAACAAGAAGGAUCUUUUCGAGGAUAAGAUCAAGAAGGUCCACCUGAGCAUCUGCUUCCCAGACUAUGAUGGCCCGAAUACGUACGACGAUGCCAGCAACUACAUCAAGGCGCAGUUUGAGGAGCUGAACAUGAAGAAGGGCGUGAAAGAAAUCUACUCCCACUUGACCUGUGCCACAGACACAAAGAACGUUGAGAUUGUGUUCAAUGCCGUCACAGACAUCAUUAUCAAGGAGAACCUUAAGGACUGCGGUCUCUUCUAAGCAGUCCCAAAGUCGUAGGUAUCCCAGGACCCAAACGUGACAUGACACACACAAUGCAGUCUGAGUCUUGUAUCCAAAUGAAAGUGGACAUUCAUAACCGAUGAGAAAGAUUAUCAGAAAGCAGGUCACGCCAUGUGAUUUUAACAUCUGAAUCAAUUUGCUAAUGUUUGACUUAGGAAUGGAAAAGCAAUGAAAUAUGUUGACAGGGCAUUCAAAUAAAAAAGGAAAAGACGUAGCAUUACCACAAUAAA